CUUGAACCUUGGAAUGUGGACACAAUUAGCAAAGAAGGUUUCACAAAAACUCUCAUCAACAAAGACAUGGGCCGAAAAGAUGAAAGUCUGAGUGAGGAGGAGAAAGAGAAAAGAAUGAAGGAGUUUGUUAAGAAAAAUGAAGUCGAGAUAAAGAAGUAUGGCAUGUUUAGAAACUACGAUGACUCUCGAAGAUAUCUAAUGGAACAUCCACAUCUAGCUUGUGAAGACACUGCAAAUUACUUGGUGGUUUGGUGCAUUAACUUGCAGAUGGAAGAGAAAACUGAACUCAUGGCACACAUAGCACAUCAGACUAUUUGUAUGCAGUUUAUCUUGGAGUUAGCAAAACAACUUGAGAGGGAUCCACGAUCAUGUAUCUCUGCCUUCUUCCAUAGAAUCCAGCAGGCAGAACCUGAAUAUAAGAAGGCCUUCCAAGACGAGCUCGAUGGCUUUAAGGAUCGUGUAACAAAGCGUGCCAAGCAAAAGAUGGAGGAAUUGAUUAAAGAAGCAGAAGAAGAAGAGAGACAAGAGAGACUUGGACCAGGAGGACUUGAUCCCAUUGAAGUGAUGGAGUCUCUCCCAGAGGAAUUACAGAAAUGCUUUGAGAGUCAGGAUAUUGAGCUUCUUCAGAAGACUAUAGAGAAAAUGAAGCCAGAGGAUGCUGCUUAUCACAUGAAACGGUGUGUUGAUUCAGGUCUCUGGGUUCCUGAUGCCAAGGCGGCAAAGUAAAAUGGCGAAGCCCUCAGCAUAUGUUGGUGAAGAAGAAUGUUAUUUCAUUCUUUAAUUCCAGUAUAUUGAUAAUUUUGUACUCAAGUUCAGCAGAACAGAGUUGGAUUGAUGUUCUUAAUUGUAAUUGUUAUUUCAUAGCUCUUCGUUUUCCUAGUCACCGUGUAUUGUUUUGAUGUGUCAGAUCUUGACCUGUUAGAGAGAAAACCAAGUGGGAGAUAUACUAGAUGUAAUUCAGUAAUAUUAAAAGCUACCUACAAAAAUGACUAUUAUCACAGGGUCAAAAUCAAGCAUUUUAUGGAAAAUAUAGCACAAGGAAAUAUUGAUCUAAAUGUUUCAUCACUAGCAUAUGUUGGUCUGUAUUGGUCAGCAGCAUUAAAACAUUUUGCCACUAUUCUCUAGCUUAGACAAUUUAGAUAAAAAAGAACAACUGAAACUGGACUUCAGAGAUAUGGAUUUCGAUUCUUAAACUUCAUCUGUAUGACACUAACAUUGCGAUCCUUUUUAUUGUAGAAAUAAAGCUUUACUUGCUAUUAGUUAAUAGUGGUAUUAAAGUUGAAGAAAUGUUUGUUUAUUUUGUAUAGUUUUAAAAUUCUUGGUGGAUCAUUUUAUUUUCCAAAUAUUGCAUUGUAAAUGAUGUAUAGAAUGUCCUAAAUUAUAAUUUUAGGAUAUCAUAAUGUAAUUGGUUUGAAUGAAUAAUCAUUAAUGUUAUGUAAAUGAAAAAUAAAAGUAAUCAAUUUUA